UUAAUCUCGAUUAACUUUGAUCACUAUUAAUUAAGCCUAUUAAUCAUUACGAUGAGCUCAAGAUCUGAAUGAUCCUUAGAUGAGUCUAUAGUGUGAAGUUUGUUUUUUUCGAGGAGGGGAGAGUUGUUGUCCUAUAGCUCCUCCCUCACGAUUGUUAAGAGCCGAAGUGAUUCAGUGUCAUUGUUUGAGAGGAGCGGAUCAAACACCUCACACAGAGAGCCUCCUUUUCUCAUGGAAAUAAAGUGUCUGCCUCUCACGCAUGAAGUUUCUGUAAUGCAAAGAAGUCAAGCACACGCGGACAAUUGCUGAGGGAAGCAGGACCGAAGAGCGCGCGGGACACUUUCGAGAUAAUAAACCACAACCUCUUACAGCAUCUGAAUGAGGACGAUCGUUAAAAGUGGCGUUAUUCCGUGAGAUUUAAUGCGGUACUGCUGAACAUGUUUUACUCUGGACUGUGUACGGUUGUGUUCGGGCUGCUGUGCGUUGUGCGCUCCGCGGGCGCGUCGGCGUGUCCGUCGGGGUGCGAGUGCUCGGAAGCCGCGCUGACGGUCAAAUGUGUUUCUAAAGAUUUGCGGGACAUACCGACUGGCAUCCCGGGAUACACGAGAAACCUCUUCAUCACCGGAAACCACAUCAGUCGCAUUGGUCCAGAGUCUUUCCAGGGACUGGACAAUGUGACAAAUUUGGCACUGUCUAACAACAGGAUCUCUGAGGUGAAGUCUCAUGCAUUUUCUAGCCUGCGAAGUCUGAGAUCGCUGGACCUAAGCAACAACCAGCUGGCUCUUAUCCAUCCCGAGGCAUUCACUGUCAAGAGCCGCACACUGAAGGAGCUCAACCUUAGCCGAGCUCUCUACAACCAUUCUUCUGUCAUUGAUUUAGCCACGUCUCUUCGCUGGAGCAGCCUGGGUGAUCUGCUAGUGCUGGACCUGUCCAGUAAUGGCCUCGUCUACUUGCCCCCUGGCAUUUUUUCCCAUCUUGUCGGCUUGCAGAGCCUUCAGCUCGGUAAUAAUUCUAUAGUGGCCAUCCAUAAUGGGACUUUCGCGGGGCUGGAUCAUCUCCGGGAACUUGAUUUAACCCAAAACGCCCUCAGAACGUUGCGGGACGAAGCUCUUAAAGAGUUGGAACACUUUCGUACGGUAAGGCUCCGCUUGGCAGACAACCCUUACACUUGCGUCUGCGACAUCGAGCCUUUCGCAGCCUGGCUGAAUGUCUCGCGUGCACAUGUGGCGGAUGUGGAGCGCCUCACUUGCGUUUUCCCCGUGGAACUGCAGAACACAUCACUGCUGACGGUGGGCGAGCUGGAGUUGGGUUGUCACAGGGUGGGAGAGACUGACAACAUAGCACUGCAGACCUCUUACGUGUUCCUGGGUAUCGUGCUGGGAUUCGUUGGUCUCAUGUUUCUUUUUGUGCUCUACCUGAACCGCAAGGACAUUAAGAAACGGAUCUACGAAAUGCGAGAUGCCUGCCGGGAAGUGUGGGAAGGAUAUCAUUACCGAUAUGAGAUGGACUCUGAUCCCAGACUGUCACAGGUCUCCACAACGGUCGAUGUGUGACCGGGUGCAAGCUCUUCCCACACCAAGCUCACUUUUUUUUAAUAUGUGAAAAAUGUACAUUUGUGUUUCGAUAUUCAAUGUGUACUCAAGCAUGUACUGCCUGUUAAGUCUUGUUUUCAACAAGCACACCUCCCCCUCAAACUCAGAAUUGGCCCUCGAGAAGCAUUUGCUUUUUAAUCAUUACUGGAUGCUGGAGGAUUAGCCCAAUAAAGGGCAGAAGCCAUAAAGUAAGUCUGACUACCACCAACAAACCCCCCGCCACCCUCCAUUGUACUGGAAUAUAGCCCUCAACCUUUUUGGUUCAACUACAGCUUAAGUGCCUUGUUUGUAGGAUUCGGGGGGCUGACCAGAGACAGGGGCGACUCCGAUGUGUAUACUAUAGUGUUUAUGAAGUCUGAGGUGCCGUAUAUCGCAUGCUUUCUUUAUAGAUCCAUAUGAAGUCGGAGAGAAUUGGCCGUUUUCUGUGGUCCUUUCUGUCCUUCUAUCCACAGGGAGUCUGAGAAGAAUGUGCCGGAUUUUCUCUCCAAAAGCAUUCCAACAUGAGGAUCACCUCCUCUAAGCUCUAGAAGGAGGGUCUUUUAAAGAAAGAGCCUCAGUUUGCUGAAAUAUCUGGCUCUUUUUUUUCAUUCAAAAGAGACAUUUGGCUUUGUUUUUAUUCUGCUCAUUUUUAUUGUCAGAAUGAUGAGAACCAGCCCUUACGAGGGCCGCUGAGCGAGACCCCUCCUCCUUAAACACUGCAGAGAGGCUGCCGGCUCUUUGAAGGCUCAUAUGUUCCCCAGCUUUUUCUGUUUAAGAGACUUUACAGUGAUAAGAUACAGAUGAAACUGGGGCUGUUGUGCAGAAAGGUCUCCUGCUCAGCUGCUUCGAACUGUAAAAAGACUGAACUAAGAAAAGAAAAGUCUCUGUGUUGUCAACUUUACUUGUGUCUGAUGUUUUAUGAUACAAUGACAUGUUUGGACGCAGUGUUUUGGAUUGAGAAAAAAUGAUCAUCUGUGGAAAAAUACCAUAACUUUGCUUGUGAUAAUGAAAAUGUACUUGUGCCUGAUUAAUUGCCUGUUAAGAUAUUUGGUACAGGAAGUUUGGGACUGUCUUCCAUUGUGUUUUAUAUCUUUACACUUAUAUAUGAUUCAUUUAAAAAUAAAUGAACCUUUAACAUAAAAGAGACAACCUUGUAUGGCAAAAGCAAAAUGUUUACUCUUAAAUUUACAAGGUAUCCAGUAAAAGACAUCAAACUGUCAUGCAUUUAAUUUUUUUCUGGACAGAGUUUGUUUUGCAUGCUUAAAAAUAAAGUGUUUUUUUUUCAAUUGAAAACUUAAAUUAGUAUGUUGCUUUAGAGCUGUAAUUACGUUUUGUUGACAGUACAGCUCAUGGCCAUAACCUUUUAUUGAGUUUCUUAACAAAGAAUAUUCCAGUUUCAAUAGUAUAGCAAGUUAAGCCCACACUGUAAAAAUUGUAUGUAGAAAUUACAGUAUUACUGGCAGCUGUUUCCCAGUAACUUACUGUAGAUUUAAUUUUAUGUUAUUCACUGGAAACAGUUUGUUCAAAGUUAAAUAAACAUUAACAAGUGUUUGCAUUUACAGAAUAAAACUAUAAAAUAACAGCCUCAUGCAAAUCAUUCUGGGAACCAAAAUCUGAAGGAAAAAAAACAGAAAAAGGUUGAGGAGGAUUUCUGGUUCCCAGAAUGCUUUGCAUGAGGCUGUUAUUUUAGUUUAAUACUGUAAAGAUAAAGACUUGUUAAUGUUUAAUGUUCAUUUAACUUUAAA